GACAGUCUUGAGAUAAUUACAAAAUCCCCAGUUCAAAAACCCUAAAAGAUUUCCAAUUCGUAAACCUAAAUCAAAGAAGAUUAAUGAAGCAAAUUUUGUCGUGUGAAGGAGGUUUGUAGUUUAAUAUCAAACAAAUCAAACGAAAUGAGUCACAGUGAACCUUUCAUGAAGAUGCACAUUACUUAUGGAGGGUUGAUGUCGCUUGAAGAGAAUAAGUUCUCUUAUUCUGUGGCUAAUGCAGACGUUUAACAACGGAGACGAGUUCAAAGAUCAAUUGUUGAGGUAUGUUCUGAAAACUCAGUAUGAUGUGAAGCUUAAUAGGUGGGAGUCUACAAAACAAGCAGCAAUAUGCACUGAGCCAAAAUGUGAUUGGAGAAUAUAUUGCUCUGUGGAGAAACCUAUCAGAAAAUGGAUGGUUAAAGUCUAUGAAGACAAGCACAAUCACGUGCCUACGGGAAGAGCAAGGAUGCUAAAACAAGGAACUAUUGCCAAGUUGUUUAAAGAGGAAGCAAGAAGAAGACCUGACAUAAGAAGUACAGACAUUAAGGAUGAGUUGAUGCACAUGUACAACGUAUCGGUUUCAAUUUAUAAGUGCAGAAAAGCAAGAAGGAUUGCAUUAGAUAUGGUGUUGGAAACUCAGAAGCUACAAUUUUCGAAGUUGUGGGACUAUGAAGCCGAGUUAUUGCGAUCUAACAAGGACACUACUACAGAGAUUGUGACUGUCGAGAAGGAUGGUAAACAAGUAUUUGAUCGCUUCUAUGUCUGUUUUGAACCUCUUAGAAGAACUUGGAAGAGAUCUUGUCGUCCUUUGAUAGGUUUAGAUGGUGCUUUUUUAAAGUGGGAAUUGAAGGGAGAGAUAUUAUCAGCAGUUGGUAGGGAUGCAGAAAAUAGAAUUUAUCCUAUAGCUUGGGCUGUUGUAAGGGGCGAAGACAAGGAUUCAUGGGAAUGGUUCAUUACAAAAUUGAAAAACGACUUGGAUUUAGGCUUAGGAGAUGGAUACUCUUUUCACUCAGACAAGCAAAAGGGUUUACAAAUUGCUCUUGCUACUGUUCUCCCAAAUGCUGAGCAUAGGGUAUGUGCAAGGCAUGUGUAUGGAAAUUGGAAGAAAAAGUUUGGGGAUCUUGACUAUAAGCCUUUCUUCUGGAAAGUGGCAUAUAGUUACACUAAAGGAGAGUAUAAACUGCACAUGGACGAGCUGCUUUUAUAUGACAGAGAGGCAUAUGAAGCAUUGUUGGCUGCAGAACCAGAACAUUGGUGUCGAGCUUUCUUCUCAAAAACAGGAAGGUCGGCUAAUGUUUGCAACAACCUUUCAGAAAGCUUCAACCGGACCAUCAAAAAGGCUAGAGAAUUGCCUUUGAUUAAUAUGUUGGAAACCAUCAGAAGACAAGCCAUGAUGCGUAUUUCUCGUAGGUUUAAGAGGGCAGCCAAGUGUAUAAUGCAAUUCCCGCAAAGAAUAGCAGAUGUGUUGGAGGUGAAUAGAAAAAACAGCAAAGACUGCCAAAUCAUGGUAAGUAGUGAUAACUUGUAUGAGGUUUUAGUGCAUGAUUUAAGUCAUGAGGUCAGCCUGAGAAUGGGAACGUGUGCUUGUGGGCGUUGGGACCUGGUUGGUAUACCUUGCAACCAUGCAAUUUGUGUCAUCAAUGACAUUCGUCGAAAACCAGAAGAGUAUGUUGUUAACUACUAUAAAACUCCAGUGUGGAUAGACACAUAUAGGGACAACAUCAAACCAGUCAAUGGGGAGCUCUAUUGGAAUAAAACUGGUAAGGGAUCCAUUGGUGUUCCUGGAUUUAGAAAGAUGCCAGGACGUCCUAAGAAAAAGAGAAUUGCACCAGCUCAUGAGUCCCCAUCAAAGCCCAAUAGAACAACUCGUGGUAGGAGGACUAUCACUUGUAGUAAUUGCAAACAGGUUGGACAUAACAAAGGGACUUGUAAGAAUCAAUCUUUUGUGGUUGAAGGUCCAAAACGAAAACGUGGAAGACCUCAGAAGAUACCUGUUGAUGGUGAAAGCUACCCAUCUCCUCCACCUAAAAGACAAAGAAAAACUAAGUCUCAAGCUUCCAUUUCAGUGCCUCAAUCCCAAUCUGCAUCAUCUACUGCAUCUGGUGCGACCUCUGGUGCGACCUCUACGUUUCCAACAUCAUCUAGUGCACCACCUGCUUCAGCUACGGGACCUCGACGUGGCCGACCACCAGGACGAGGUCAAGGUCGUCCACCAGUCCGAAGACAGCCAUCGAUCCCUAGGGGAGUUGGUAUUUACACAUGUCCUUUCACAAAUCGAGUAUUUGAUGUGAGAGGAAGCAGGGCACGAGAUCUUGGACAAUCUCAGGGACCACACCAACUCUAGUUUAUUAUCGUGCUAUCUUUUGGAUCCUUCUAGUUUUUAGACUUUGACUAUCUAAAUUAUGAUUUUCUUUUUUUUGUUUGCGUUAAGAUUUUUUUCGGUUCGUAGACUGAAUUUACCAUUUCUUUCAUCUAUGUAUUUUGUUUAUAUAA